AAGUAAUGGCUGUCCGGUCCUCCCAGAAUUCCCCGCGGUGCUGAAAGUGCUGUACUCGGACCCGGAGCCCUUUGUCCGGGCGGCGGCCAUUGUACCCACGACCAGGCCUGGAGCAGGGAGAGGAGGCCGGAGACGGCGCAGGGCAACCGGGAUCGCCGGCAGCGAGCGGAUCGGGGUUGGGGGUGGAUCCACGGAGAGCCCGGAGAGGGUCGCGCCAAGGGCUUGAGGGAGGAGGCAUCGGGGGCGGGCACCAUGGACGGGCACGCCCUUGGAGAAAGCAGGAUCCUCGGUGAAGACCCGGAGGAAGAGAAGGUGAAGGAGGAAGAGGGGGAAAAGAAGGAGGAGGGAACGGAGGCAGAGGGCACUCUGCAGAGCCAACCGGCCAAGGCCUCCCUCCCUCACCGCUGCCCGCUGUGCCCCAAGUCCUUCGGCUCACCGUCGUUGCUGGAAACACACCGUCGGACACACACAGGCGAGCGGCCCUACCAGUGCCCGAUAUGCGGGCGCAGCUUCAAUCAGCUGUGCCACCUCCGGCGCCACCGCCUGCUCCACGCGGCCGGGGGCCUGGCCACGGCCUGCCCGGGCUGCGGCAAGGACUGCCGGAGCCCUGGGGGGCUGGCGCGGCACCGGUGCAGGCCGGCCGGCGAGAGGCCCUUCCCCUGCCAGGUCUGCGGCCGGGCCUUCAAGCAAUCGUACGCCCUGGUCAAGCACCAGAGGGUGCACACUACCGAGAGGCCCUACCUGUGCCCGGUGUGCGGAAGGGCAUUUGGCUACUCCAGUAGCCUGGCCGAUCACCGCCGGCUCCACACGGGCGAGAGGCCGCACCGCUGCCCCGAGUGCGGGCGCGGCUACGUCAACGCUAGCCGGUUGACCGACCACCGGAGGGUGCACGAGGCUGCGCCGCGCCACAGCUGCCCUGAUUGUGGCAAGGGCUUCCACUACCCUUCGCACCUGGCCAAGCAUCGGCGGGUGCACACGGGCGAGCGGCCCUUCGCCUGCCCGUCCUGCCCCCGGGGGUUCGCCACGGCCGCCAAGCUGGCCGCCCACCAGCGGGUGCACACCGGGGAGCGGCCCUGCCGCUGCGCCGACUGCGGCCGGGGCUACGUAAAGGCGCGGGAC